AAAUUAUUUUAUUGAUGAUCACCGGAGAAUCAGGUGACGAAAUAAAUAAGAUGAGAUGUGACAAAACAUUUACGCGUUCGAAUUUCAAAUAUAAUUAUGAUUCCAUUCCAAUGAUUCAAAUUGCAUCAUCAUUAUAAAAAGCUAUAAAAAGUUAUAAAAAGUCUCAAAGUUACUUGUUUUCACUUUAACUUUUCCUAUUCACUAACUUUCCUAUUCACUCAACUUAUUCCUGUUAACCUCAACUUAACCUCAACUUUUCCUGUUAUAAACCUCAACUUUUCCCGUUAACCUCAACUUUUCCUAUUAACAUGUUUUUUCUUAAAUAUGGUCUUGAUAUUCUUGUCGAUAAUACUCAACUUUCAGAAUUUAGUGACCCUGUAAAAGAUUGUAGAGAGUAUGUUUCGACAACUCCUUCAUAUGUUCGUCAUGAUACGGGCAAAAAAACUUACAGUACUCAUAAUUGGUUUGUAUCAGUACCCAAAUCUGGAUUGCAAUUUUCAAUCAGGAUUUGGUCAUGUGUUGCCACACGAAAAAAUCCAAUAUUGGCUGUCGUUUUUAUCGACGGAAUGAGUGACUUCAUCCUACAUUUAUUAGAUUCUAAUUCCGUUGAGAGAAUCGAUACCUUUACGGAUAAAGAUAACAAGAAGAGUUAUUUUUUAAAGUUUAAUCCCACUUUAUGGAUCGAUGGAAAUGACAUGAGAAAUUCAGCGAAUAAUUUAUCUGAAAGUCAUUCUAAAUUUGGCGGAAUGGGUUGUGUUUCUGUUUACUUUUACAAGGCUGUAAGAGGGCUCAAAUCCCCUGAAAUACCCAAUUAUACUCUUCAACAAAUUCCCUUAAAUGAGAAUAAAGGGCCAAUACAUGGAAUCAAUAUAACGACUGCCUUUGUUGAAAAAACUGGUUCAUUAAUGGGUCAAACUCAUACGGAACCUUAUAUUGGCUGGAAGCCGGAUGGUCAAGCUUUAGCCGCCCUACAUCUUCACUAUCGACCUACUUACUGGUUGAAACUAAGCGAGAUAAUUCCGGAAUCUUUAUUUUCAUAUCAAAAGUUAAAUUGGUAUCCUGAAAAUGCGAACAAAAAAAAUUCUCAUUUAGAAUAUAAUCACAAUUCAUCUCCGUCAGAUCAACUUCGUUCUGUUAAAGUGGAAAAAUGUACUGAACAUCGGGAUUCUGAUGUACAAACUCCUCAAGAUAAAAUAUUUGACAUAAAUUUAUUAUAUACCGAAAAUUCGGUUAACGUUGUUAAUUCUUUAAGUAAUCCAUUAGUUCCUAAUUCAUCGUUCAAGCAGGAACCCUCUAAUAUCGAAUUUCAAAAACAAGGCAAAAAAUCUGAUAUUAAUGAUAUUGAAAUCAAAGUUGAAAAAGUUAAAAAUGAAGAUAAGUCGAAUGGAAAAAGAAUUGAAGGCAAAGGUGUUAUUCACACUUUGGGAAAAAGAGAAUCGAUGAAUACCAAUGAAAUCAUUGAUUUAUCAAAUAAGAAAUCUUGUAAAUGGGUUGCAAUUAAAUGUGAAAAUAUUUGAUUUUAUAACUUUAGGUAGUUUUUUUUUUAUUUAAUAAAUUUUUUUUUUU